UGUUGCCCUUUCUCAGUGCAUGCUCUGUAUCCGUAGGCUCUGAUGUUGUUGUUGACUUCCACACGCCGGUUGUGCCCGCUGGGGAGUGGCAGCGUAGUAGCGAUGCGGCUGGGGACAAGACCAAGCUCUUCUUCCGCGGCUGGCGGCGGCAAAACCAAGCUCGUCAUCCUGGGGACGGGAUGGGGCGGGUUUCGCGUUGCCCGCGAGGUGGACAAGAAGAAGUACGACGUGACCGUCAUCAGCCCUCGCAACCACUUCCUGUUCACGCCACUGCUUCCCUCCACCACCGUCGGGACUCUCGAGUUCAGGUGUAUUCAAGAGCCCGUUCGCACAAUCAAAGGGCUCCAAUACCUCCAGGCAUCGGUCCUGAGUGUAGAUUUCAAGUCGAAAACCCUGCGGUGUCAGGAAGUGUUCAAGGGCACGGAGCACGAAGUCGACUACGACUCUCUCGUUAUCGCUACCGGUGCUCAGAACAAUACCUUCGGCGUGCCUGGCGUCAGCGAGGAGAAUCACGUGUUCUUCUUGAAACAGCUCGGCGACGCCCGCAACAUCCGCAACCGCUUGCUAGAAUGCUUCGAGCGGGCCGCGAGCCCCUUCAUCUCCGAGGAGGAGAGGUCUCGGCUCUUGUCAUUCGUCGUUGUCGGCGGGGGUCCGACAUCCAUUGAGUACGCGGCCGAGCUGCAUGACUUUUUGAGGACGGAUGUGAAGAGAUGGUACCCGGACUUAGAACACAAGGUGUCGGUUCAUCUGGUCGAGGCUAGCGACCACAUCAUGGGCAGUUUCGACGAAAAGCUCAUCAGCUACACCACUCGGCUUCUUGAGAACCGCAAGGUGGAAGUUCUGCUCAACACAUCCGUGGCGUCGGUGGGGCCGACGGAGUGCACUCUUGGUGAUGGCCGCAAGUUACCGUUCGGGCUAAUAGUGUGGUCGACGGGCCUAGCCCCCACGGAGCUCGUCUCUUCGAUGGAAGGGGUCGAGAAAGAGAGGGGCAGGAUCAACAUCGACGGGCGGUUGAGGGUUCCAGGGAUGGACGGCGUUUUCGCUAUGGGGGACGCCGCGGCCAACCCCGAGAAUCCUCUGGGGCCGCUCGCACAAGUUGCCGAUCAGCAGGGCAAGUACUUGGCAAAAUGCUUCUCUAAGAGCAGCG